AUGUGUGCAGUUCAAGGAUGGUGCAGUGCUCUGCUGACUGAAGUUCAGUACAUUAUCACCCUGCGCGACAGAGAGGGUGAACACUUCAAUGCUCUUAGUCACGUGAUCGACUGCCGAGGUUUUCCACACUGGAAUGAGACAAAUCCCAACUCUAACAUGUGGGAGAGAGGACCGCUAGCCUGCGCCACGGAUCAGUGCAACACAAACCUUCACUUGGAGGGAUUUCUGUCUAUCAUUGUGAAUGAGGAGAGAGAGGUCAUGUCAAAGCUAGCACGCAGUUCUCUUCACAACAGAUGUUUAAUCUUGAUUCCUGAAGCUCUAGGUGUUUCCGGAGUGAGAGAGCUAGAAGAACACAUCACAGAGAACGCUCCUCUAGGCAUAUUUCUAACCGUGGCAAAGAAAGAGGAGAUUCAGGAGCUUGAUUCUGACAAUAUAUCAAUAUUAGGAAGUGUCAUACCUCCGUUGUCGGUUAAAGAUGCGCCUCAUAGUUCUGCUUAG